UGAGACCACGUAACGUUGCAUUUCAUUAUAGACAUUAGCCAUGAAUUGAACUAGUUCAUAUAUUUUUGAGAUGGUGUGAUACAGGGAAGAAUAAACUGGACUAUUAGUUUUAAAGGAUCCACGUCAGAAGUCGGGAAAGAGAUGACAAUGAUUGAGAGAGAACAGGACAAUGUCAUACAAACGAAAGAGAACACAGAGCACCCAACAGAACGGAAGGCAGAGGCAACACCGUACCAAGGGGUGAGAUCGUUCCGUCAGUUAAGGGGGAUACUCAAUAAACUUCCACAGCUGUCGCUCAACAGACAACCGAGCUUUCUCCAUAGGCCAGAACCUGAUACGGGAAGAUUCUCAAGCCGUGACUCUAUGGUAACAAGAGGGCCUAUUCUGAUCAACAGAACACAGCCAAGCGUUGGUCAUUUAUCGAGAAGGACAUCUCGACGGUCGCUAUACAGUAUUGUAGUCCAGGAGAGGGAGAGGCUACGCAAC